ACUUUCGAUUUAUUUGAGAUUGGUUUUCAUUUAAAAUGUCUUUAGGCUUAGGUUACACAUCUUCCCUAGCAGCUGUGUUAGGAAACUUACAAGAUAUAACAUCUAGAAUCACGGAAAACACAUCUCCAAAAAUAAAAGAAACCAGGAAAAAAUUGCUAGAAUUGACAAAUGAAUGGAGAAACAACAUAGCGGAACAUUCUAUAACCUCAAGCAAAUACACUCAUCUAUUGAAACCUAAAAAAAAGUGGGAACUAUUUCUCAUAUCGGCAGUCAUAUGUGGCAUAGAGUUGGCUUAUUCAGCCGAAACAGCAUUUGUCACACCCAUUUUGCUGAAAAUUGGCAUUCCAACUUCUUACAUGUCUCUUAUAUGGUGCCUUAGUCCAAUCCUUGGGUUGAUAUUGGUGCCUAUCAUGGGAUCGAUGUCUGAUAAUUGUCGUUCUAGGUUCGGUAGGAGGAGACCCUUUAUAUUCUUUCUCUCUUUAGGAAUAAUCUUGGGUCUGAUUCUGGUGCCUAAUGGAAAGUACCUAGGGGCCAUGUUAGGAGGCGGGAGAUAUGUCAAGGAUUCCGAGACACCCUUGGAAAUUGCACACAACCAUGGUAAUAGCAACAUUAUUUCAAAUAAAAACAAAUUCUUUAUUGCCAAUGGGUCCGAUUACUAUUAUGAUUAUUAUUAUUACGACGAUAACAUCACUACAGAAAACAAAAGUGAAAAUGUUUUUAAAAAUAUUAUCGAAACUUCCACAUCAUCCUAUCAAAUAUCAAGACAAGUCCGUAUAACAAACAUUGUUGACAAAGGAGAAUUUGAGAGCAUCCAAACUAAGGAAAGAGUGGUCACUAAAGAUAAAUUGUACUCAUCCAAAAGAUCUAAGGUACUAUCAAUACUUGUAACAUGCUUAGGAGUAAUCAUUUUGGAUUUUUGUUCAGACGCGAGUCAGUCUCCCUCAAGGGCUUAUAUGUUAGACGUGUGCUUACCUGAACAACAUACUAUGGGUUUGAGUGCUUUCACUAUAUUUGCCGGGGCGGGUGGAUCUUUUGGUUACAUGUUAGGCGCUAUCGAUUGGGAGCAUUCUGAUUUCCUUAAGAACAAAAGUGGAAAAAUGUUUAUGGAUCAUUACAGGAUAGUGUUUGGUAUUAUAUUGGUGCUCUUCAUCGUGUGCCUCAUUGUAACGCUUAAUAGCUUUAAGGAGUUACCACUAGAUGGGCUGAUAUACGAUACACCCCCUAAAAAUAAGUUUUCAUUAGCCGCUAUAAAGAGAUAUAUCCUUGGAACUAAUGUAUAUUCUACACUGGAUAAUAAUAUUGAAAAAUCAUUUGUAUCUAUGAGUCCUGUUCUUGCAACUCCUCCUAAAGUAUCUACAACUAUCGAUAAUUUCAACGAAUUUCACAAAACAAAUAAUUUUUCCCUAUAUAAUAAAACUCUUUCUGAAGAUGCCAAUUGGGAAGAAAUGUCCGAUACAAGCAAUAGUAACAAUCUUUAUGAGGAUAAUCUGCAAGCUAAGGUCAAAAAAGUAAAAUCUCCUGUUUCUCUGAAGUCUUAUCUCAAAUCAAUAAUUCGCAUGCCCAGAUUUCUAAAAAUUCUUUGCUUAACCAACUUGUUUUCUUGGAUGUCCUUAGUCUGUUAUUCCCUGUACUUCACUGACUAUGUUGGGCAACACAUAUUUAGGGGUGAUCCUAAAUUUCCAGAGAACUCCCUCAUCCAUAAAACAUAUGAAAAAGGUGUUAGAUUUGGGUGUUGGGGUAUGGCAUCUUACUCCAUGACCUGCGCCGUCUAUUCCUAUUAUAUAGAAAGAUUGGUCAAAAAAUUUGGUGCUAAAAAGGUUUAUGUCGGAGGUCAACUAGCUUAUUCUGUAGGAAUUUUGGUAAUGGCCUUAGCUAGAAGUAGAUUCUGUGUUAUAGCAUUUUCAAUUGCCCCUGGUAUUAUGUACGCCACAUUAUUUACCAUGCCGUACAUUCUUAUCACUCACUUCCAUCAACAAGAUUGCGUGGAUGAGAGCGAAGAUAACAAGGAAAUAAACGAACAGCUCCGUGGAUUAGGAACUGAUAUAGCAAUUGUAAGUAGUAUGGUAUUUUGGGCCCAAUUUAUGCUGUCAUCUAUAAUAGGAACCCUAGUAGAUAAAUUUAACACAACAGCCAUAGUUCCUUAUCUGGCUUCGUUUCUCAGUUUUAUGGGUGCUAUGUGCGCGUAUCGCAUAAAUUAUCCUGUCGGAAUAUAAGCAAAUUCUAUUUGAAUAU